CUGCAAAAACGUCUUCAAGUAUCGGUCACAGGUCGAUGUGGCAAGGAAAAUGGGGCGACACAAAGAUAUUUAAUUAAUUAUGGCUUGUUUUCUGGGAGCCACAAGGGUCAAGGGGAUGCUCCAACUUAAUCAGUAACUAGUAUUUGUUUUCCAUCCAAACAAUCUUAUAAUACUGAAGAGCGCUCGACAACCCUGUCCAUAAAUCAGUGGACAUAGCCACCUACAUGGGCACCACGUAGGUACGCCGCCAAUGUGGAUUAACCAUGGCAACCUGGAGCUCUUGUUACAUCGAUGAAACCAGUCACAACACAGCCGGUCAGCACAGGGAGUAGAGAACAUUCCAUUGCUGACUAUGCCCCUUCUGGAGGCGCCUGCUGAGUAUCUGGAGUCCUCGCCAGAGCAUUCGCUGCAGGCGGAGCUGCCACUUCUGUUAGCAGCCCCAGCGGGACCGGCGGCCCUGGCCCAAGUGCGUCUACCUCCCCCCGAUGUGCCGCUUCACCUGCAGCAUCAUCAGCAGCAGACCCAUCAGCAGCCACCACAGAUCCAUCGACGGCAGCUGGCUCGCCGGAAUUCGUUUGAUCGGGAUGUGGCCACUGCCGAGGAAACGCAACAUUUCCCGGCCUUUGUGCACCUGCUGCCCGUUGUGCUGCCCCAGCAGGCCCCGGAGCCGACCCUGGAUGAGCUCCUGCGGAGAGUAACGCAGCGAACGGACCUGGAGGCGGUGGAAACGGUGCGUCUCAGGGUGAUCUCCUACACGAUCAGUCUGUCCCGGCUGUCGCUCUUCCUGCCACGACUCCAGGACCUGGACCUGAGCGGCAGUGUGCUGAGCUCCCUGCGGGACUUGGGCUACGGGCUGCUGCAGCUGACCCACUUGAAUAUCAGCAACUGCGGCCUCAACAGCUUCGACGGCACCAGCGGCCUGCCCGCCAUCAGGGUCCUAAUAGCCGACGGCAAUAUGAUCCAGCGUGUGGAUCCCCUGGUCGAGCUGGCCCAGCUGCGGGUGCUUAGGGCUCGCAACAAUCGGAUCAGCGAGCUGGGCCUGCUCUCGUUCCUGGGCAUGUGUCCGCUGCUCGCAGAGGUGGAGUUGCUGGGGAAUCCAGUCUGUCGCCUGCCCCUCUAUCGCGACAUGCUCAGGCGCAGCGUGUCCACACUGCAGCUACUGGACGGGAACACGCUCAACACGGCAGCGGACGUGGACGUUCCAUCCCAAAUGGUGGAAAACAACGAUGAGGCCCUGUCCUCGCUCUCCAGUGAGGCAUCCGCGGGGAGCAAUGAGUCAUCGACACCAGCUCCGCAUCUGGGCCGUCCGGCUACGGCUCCAGCACCUGCACAGCUCUCGCUCAACGCCAGCAUGCGGCGGCAGCUAUCAGCGACAUCCACUUCCACUCCGGUGGCUGGCUCGGUCUUGGGUCUGGUGCGACAACGUCGUCGUCGCAUAGGUCAUGCCUGGGUCAGUUCCUCCAGUGGAUCGUCCUCCGCUUCGUCGGCCAUGUCCUCUCGACCCCCCUCGAGCUCCUGCUCUUCCAACAGCAGCCUGGACAUGCAGUCGUCGUAUGCAUUCACGCCACACACCACAGUGGACUAACCGCUGCCAGUCGUAAAUUACUCAACUAA